GUUAUGAUGGGUAAUAAAAGCACAUGUUUUGAGAAGCCAUCUUGACCUGAUGUUUGGUUAGUUGUGUCUAGGUAAAGAACAUAACAAUUGGCGACGAGGACAAACAUGACAGCGACGUUUGGUAAAAUCGACGCUUUUGAGGAGGCGGUCGGAACGUGGGAACACUAUACAGAACGUCUGGGACAUUAUUUUGAUGCGAAUAACAUCGGAAACACGGACGAUGCAGACAAGGCAAAACGUAAGUCAAUCCUAUUGAGCGUUUGUGGCGGAAAAGUGUACAAGCUCAUGUGCGAUCUCCUUGUAACGGCUAAACCGGGCGAUAAGACAUAUGAUGAACUUGUGGCAAUAGUACAGGGCCAUUAUCAGCCAAAACCAUCAGAAAUUGUUGAACGUUAUAAAUUCCAUAACAGAUUUCGAAGUGCGGGAGAAACUGUGUCAGAUUAUGUUGCGAGUUUGAGGCAUUUAGCGGAACACUGUAACUAUGGAGAAACCUUAGACAAUAUGUUGAGAGACAGAAUAGUUUGCGGAAUUAAUGAAGAUCGCAUUCAACGUCGGUUGUUGUCGGAGAGUGAAUUAACAUUCAAAAAGGCAUUUGACAUCGCAUAUUCGAUGGAAUUAGCGAAGAAAAACGUAAUAGACCUUCAACAAUCUACUAGUUCAAAGGAACAAGUCAACAAGUUACAGUCUUCGCAAAGCGCGAAAUUCAAAAACAAUAAACAGUUCAACAAGGGACAUCAAAGUUCUGGAAGUACUGAUAGACAUGACAAACCAUGUUGGCGGUGUGGAGGGAAGCAUAAACCUCACACAUGCAGGUUUAAGGACUAUGAAUGUUACAAGUGUGGUCAAAAGGGACACAUUAGGGAUAAGUGCCCCAACAAGGAGGGGGAUAAGUCAGGCAAGCUGUAUAAAAGGCAAAGUGGUCAGUACAGCAAACAGCCUUCCAAGGUCCAUAUGAUGGAGGAUUCUGAGGACGAGAUGUACAUGAUGUAUCACAUCAAUCACAUUGGGGAAUCAAGGAAACCCUACCAUGUCAAACUUCAAAUAGGGGGUAAGAAUGUGGACAUGGAAAUCGAUACAGGCGCUGGAAUUUCAGUGUUGAGUGAAACAACAUUUCGCGAGUUAUCUGAGGAUACUGGACUCGAACUCAAACCCACCCAGGUCAAGUUACGCACAUACACAGGGGCAAGUGUGCCUACUUUGGGCGAGUGCGUACUCACAGUGUGCUAUCGUAACUUUACGAGAGAAAUGUUGAUUGUAAUAGUCAAGGGUAACGGUCCGAAUCUCAUGGGACGCGACUGGCUAGGGAAAAUAAAGUUGAACUGGGCUGAGAUAUUCAAGGUCAGUGAGGAUCAUGAACUACAGACAGUGCUUGAUAAGCAUAAGGCAGUCUUUGCAGGAGGACUGGGUAAAGUGAAAAACUUUAAAGCCAAGAUAUAUGUGGAUCAGAACGAGAAACCGCGUUAUUUCAAGGCAAGACCAGUUCCAUACGCAUUGCGGGAAAAGAUUGAAACGGAACUGGAUAGACUGGUGCAGGAAGGCACCAUUGAGCCUGUUGAAAUGUCAGAGUGGGCGACACCUAUCGUACCCAUUGUCAAGUCGGAUUCUACCAUUCGUAUCUGUGGUGAUUACAAAGUAACUGUAAAUCAAGUGAGUAAGUUGGACAACUACCCAAUCCCUAAGACUGAAGAUUUGUAUGCUAGUCUUGGAGGUGGAGCUUUCUACUCGAAACUGGAUUUGAGCCAGGCUUAUCAGCAGUUAGAGUUGGACACCGAGUCGAAACCCUACACAACAAUCAAUACCCAUAAGGGCCUGUUUUGCUAUAAUCGUCUACCAUAUGGGAUUUCGUCAGCUCCCGGAAUUUUCCAGAGGACAAUGGAAAAUAUCCUUCAAGGUGUACCGCAAGUGAUAGUUCGUGUCGACGACAUCUUAGUCGCCGGGAGGGAUCGACAGAGUCAUAUCAAGAACUUAGAACUGGUUUUGACCAAACUGGAGAAUGCGGGUAUACACUUGAAAAAGAGUAAAUGCUUUUUCAUGAAGGAAGAAGUUGAGUAUUUGGGUCACAGGAUCACUGGAGAGGGCAUGCAACCGAUUGAGGUCAAGGUUAGAGCCAUCAAGGACGCUCCUGCGCCCAGGAACGUGAAAGAACUUCAGGCUUUCCUUGGUAUGCUUAACUAUUAUGCGUGCUAUUUACCCAACAUAAGCACAGUGCUUGCACCACUUCACAUGUUGUUAGCCAAGGAGACUGACUGGAAGUGGGGAAAACGCGAAGAAAAUGCGUUCGUCAAGGCCAAGGAACUUUUACAGUCGGAUACGGUACUCGUGCAUUACGAUCCGAAGAAGAAGCUAGUGUUGUCGUGUGAUGCUUCUCCUUAUGGCCUUGGUGCGGUUCUAUCGCAUGUCGAGCCAGACGGCAAGGAACGGCCUAUCGCCUACGCGUCGCGUUCGCUGGCACCGGCUGAAAAGAACUACUCUCAAUUGGAUAAGGAGGGCGCAGCCCUUAUCUUUGGUGUGAAAAAGUUUCACCAGUAUUUAUAUGGAAGGACAUUUACCAUAUAUACAGAUCACAAGCCGUUAUUGGGGAUUUUCAAGACUGAUCGGGCCAUUCCGACUAUGGCAUCUGCGCGCAUCCAGAGGUGGGCGCUUCUACUCGCGGCAUACGAGUAUGACUUAAUCUACCGUCCGGGAACAUUGAAUGCUAACGCCGAUGGGCUUAGUCGAUUACCUCUGAGUGAAACUGUAGAUGAGGUACCAGUUCCAGGAGAAAUGAUUUUGAUGAUGGACACGCUUAACUCUUCGCCCGUAACCUUUGAGCAAGUGCAAACCUGGACAAAACAGGACCCUACGUUACAGGAAGUUAUCGGCUGGGUGUACAGAGGUUGGGGAGAGAAGUGUCCGAAUGAACGGUUAAAACCCUAUCACAACCGGAGACAUGAACUCAAUCUGUAUGAGGAUGUUCUACUGUGGGGGAAUCGCGUAGUAAUCCCUACAUUUGGACGAGCAUCGUUGCUCGACGCCCUUCAUGAAGGUCACCCAGGCAUCGUCAAGAUGAAAAGUUUAGCUCGAGGGUACGUCUGGUGGCCAGGCAUUGACGCCGAAAUCGAGGAGCGAGUGAAGUGUUGUGAGUCGUGUCAACUACAGGCUUCCAUACCGGCAAUGGCACCACUUCAUUCAUGGGACUGGCCAUCGAGGCCAUGGUCACGCGUACAUGUGGACUACGCAGGUCCAUUUCUGGGUCACAUGUACCUGGUCGUCAUUGACGCAUACAGUAAGUGGGUUGAGAUUUUGGUUACAAACUCAUCCACAUCGGCAAUCACUAUCGAGAGACUGCGGUGCGUGUUUGCGCAACAUGGAUUGCCAGAAAUGUUAGUGUCGGACAACGGUCCGUGCUUCGUGAGUGAGGAAUUCAGUGUUUUUAUGUCAGAGAAUGGCAUAAAACAUGUAAGGACUUCGCCACACCACCCCGCUUCAAACGGACUGGCAGAGCGGGCAGUGCGGGGAUUCAAGGAGGGCAUGAAGAAACAACAGAACACAGAGGGUAGUCUGGAUAAAAAACUUUGUCGUUAUCUCCUAGCGUAUCGGUCAACACCGCAAACAACAACUGGAUUGUCUCCAGCGGAACUCUUGUUCAACCGUAGAGUCAGGACAAAACUUGACUUAGUUCGUCCUGAAGUUCGUGAGCGUGUACAGCAACAACAGCUGUUGCAGAAGAAACAACAUGAUCAGCACACGAAGGAACGUCAUUUCGCUGAGGGAGAUUCCAUAUUCGCGAAGAACUUCUAUGCUGGACCUAAGUGGAAAUCGGGUGAAAUCGUGUCGCGAAAUGGACCCGUGUCCUAUACCAUAAAGGGGGAAAAUGGAACAGUGGCUAGACGCCAUGUAGACCACUUAAGGCAAAGACAUUGUCUCCCUGUGAAAGAAGUCGACCCCGACAAAGACUUUUAUGACACCAUACCUACCUCUGUACCUGUAUCUGUACCGGUUACUGAGCCAAACAACUCAGUUGGUAAACCAAAGCCUGCAGAUAACACAUCGACACCUGUACCAUCAACAAAAUCGUCGAUUAGUCCAGGAGAACCUUCAAGGAGACCCCAAAGACCGCGUAAACCACCAUCGUACUUGAAGGAGUAUGUUCGUGAUUAGCUAGCAUUGAACACAUUAUUUUGAGUUUCUGUUAAGCUUUAAGUAAGGAUGAACUGUGUUCUAUGAACUUGGUAAACUUAAGUGUUCAGCGUUGGUAUCGCGCAUUAUUGACUGUGUUUAUUGAUGCACUCUAUCUGUGCAAGAGUUUUUGGUUCAAGAGUUAAUAGUUCAUUUCAUUUCUAGUUAUAUGGGAAACUUUAAUUUCAAGAGAACAGCAUCUCACAAUCGGUGAAUGUCUUCACUGUGGGUGGAGGGAUGUAGUGUUUCUGUACAUUGUAUGUACAAGUGGUUGUAAACGCUCCGUAGCGGAUCGGUUACGGAUGCUGACGGAUGCUAUGUCGGUAAUUUGUAUUACGUAAUGUAUUGCAUGAUGGGUAAUAAAAGCACAUGUUUUGAGAAGCCAUCUUGACCUGAUGUUUGGUUAGUUGUGUCUAG